AUGGCAAAGCCAAAGCGAUCGGAGGCAGAGGAGCAAGAGGCUCCAGAGGAGGAAAGCCAGGGGGGAACUGUUGCAAAGGCGAAAAGCACAGCAAAGGCGAAGGCGAGCCCAGCACCCAGCAAGGCACCCGCAAAGCCAAAAGCCAAGGCCGACCCUGCCAAGCCCAAAGGGCCCAAAGCAAAGGCCAAGCCGAACCCAGCACCCCCAGCACCCACAACGCCCAAGUCGAAGUGCAAACCCAAGCACCCUGUCAAGCCUAAAGCGAAGGCCAAGACAGCACCCAAAGCCAAGGCCACGGCCGACCCCAAGAAGAAGGCCAACCCCAAAGACAACCAGGCCAACCCCAAAGCGAAGGCCAACCCCAAGGCAAAGGCCGACCCCAAAGCGAAGGCCAACCCCAAAGCGAAGGCCGACCCCAAGGCAAAGGCCGACCCCAAGGCAAAGGCCGACCCGAAGGCAAAGGCCUUCACAAGGAAGCGAAGCAUGGCAGAGGCCUUGACUGGCGAAUGGAUCAAUGGGCUUGAGCCUGAGGAGUCCGGCGAGACUCCAGCAGAAGAGCCGGAGGAAGAUUGCCAAGCUGGUGGGGCGGGUCGACGAGACCGCAGCAAGCAGUUCAAGUUCAACGUGUUGCUCGCAGCAGGAGCAGUGCCAGAGAAAAUGAAGACGGAGUGGGAGGCUUUGAGUAACGGCGGGAACGGCUGCAGGAAGAACAUGACGAAGUUUAUCGAAGACGCAGUGAGUCGUGACCCCGACACAGGGAAGCUUGCCCUCACCUGCGACACCGCAGAAGUGACGGGGGAAAGCAGUCUGGAGAAGAAGCAGGCCACUGGGUGGGGAGACAAAGGAUUGCCGAGAACGCUCUUUAAAGGGCGCUUUGGGUUGUCGGAUGAGCAGCUAAGGGCCGCGAUCUUGAAUGAUGAAGUCUCCGUUGUCACCCAAGGAAAGGUGGUGUUCUGUCAAUGGCGAACCUUGAAGUCCACUUCGAUGGACGAGCGAAAGAACGUGGCAGCGAUCAAGUCCGAGGCUGCGAGAGUCUCUGGGUCCCAAGCAGGACAACUCCAAGUCCUGUUCGACAGUGUGUCGAUGGAAAGGCCUGAGCCGACAGAGGAGGACCUCAGGAACGCCGCUGCCUCAUCGGCUGCUCCGCCGACCGUGGCGGUGCCAACCAUCAAAGCCAUCGAGGACAAGAAGGAGGAGCCUGCCGUGCCAGCGGCCUUGUCAGAGGCCGACUGGUCGAAAGCGGACGGGCUCCUAAAGAAGGCUGAAAGCGCCGUCGAGAAGCUCAAGAAGGUCCUCGCGGGAGUAUCAUAG